CGGCCUCGGAUGCGCCGAGGUUUCUUCGCUCGUCUAACGAGUGCUUUCAGGGGUUCCUCUGCACGGUAUUUAGCUGAGUGAAGAAUGGAGGCCGACGAAGAACAAGGUAGCGCAACGUCGGAGCCGCAGGAGCAGUCUGAAGGCAGCAGCAGCGAUCAGUCAAAUGCUGAAGACGAUGAAUGGAGGCCGUGCCGCCGCAAGGUCGUCCGCCGAGUGAACCUUCAACGGUCUCAAGCCACCAAGCUUAUGUGGCAGCGCAAAAGGGCCGCUGCUGCUGCUGCUCUUCUUCUGCAGCAGCAGCAACAACAGCAACACGAGGGCAACAAUCCUGGGCUUAUGGGGCCUUCAAGUUCCACUGGCUUAAUUGGCAUGAGUACUUUGGAUCAGCAAACAGCAGGUAUAAGCCAGUCUAUGAGGGCACUCUCUGUGAGUGCAGUUUCCAAAUGCAAGCCAGCUGCAGCACAGCAGCAGCAACAGCCACCGCCCUCAAGGAGGCGCCGGUUCCCAGCCAAAUCAGCUGGUACUGCAAGGAGAUUUUCGAUGUGUUGGUCGGAUACCACACUGGGAUCAUCACUCGCUGGGAAGCCGUCUCUGAAGCCGAAGGAGGAGAGUCACAAAAACCAGAAGUCUGCUUCACUUAUAGGGCUCAAAGCUUACCGCCACAUCAGUGGUCCUAGUGCUGCUGGUAGUGCUCAAACGGUGGAAGAGCUGCACACAGACGAAAUAACAUUCAGUGGAGCGAAUGCAAGGCCUUACCUAGAGAGAGCAUGUCGCCCCAAGUUGUUCCAAAGAGACGAAUCCUCUGGAUCUGAGGACUCUGAAGAAGAUGAAUGUGAUAGCGCUGCCGAUCAAGCUGAAAAAAUAUCCGACUCUGAUACUGAUGAGUCUAUGGAGGAGUUCCCGCCUGAGAGGCCGACGUUGCGACCAAAGCUUCUACAGACUACACGGUCACAUUCCUUUUCACGGUCACACCUUGAUGAAGCUAGGAAGCAGGAGUUUCAUCCAGCGCAAUACAGCACAAACAAGACUGAAGCCGUCACAUUUGUCAUGAGUGAAACUACAAGACCAGGACCACGUCUCAUUUGUCGUGGCAACUAUGUCACUGAAAGUGAUCUGUUGGCACAAGAGCUAAGUCUGAGCAACAGCGUCCCCAGCCUUGGUUCUACUUUCGUGGCACCUGCGUUUGCACUGCCUGCCAAACUGCGCUGGAAACUGAACCCAGCAGAGUACCAGGAGUAUACCAUGCCAGCCAAGAUGAGGCACAAACAGGACAGGCUGCUGUCAUCAGUAGCCAAGGGCAAGGAUAUAGGCACUGCAGACAAGAAUGAGCCUGGCACAUCAUCGGGAUGUUCAGUAGUAGCACCACUUGUGGCCGCUGUUAAGACUGAGCCCAAGGAACAGCCGUCAGAGCGGCGUUCGCGUGCGAAACGCUUGUGGUGGGAACAGAUCAAGCAGUUGGACUUGAGGCUUUCUAGUGGAGGAGCAGGUUGUGCCAUCUCUGAGGAGUCUGUAGAGGAUCUUCUGAACUCCUUGCCCAAAUUCUUGUUAGCAGAGCUUUUCCCUGACCAAACGUCGACAAGGAAGCGAACGAAGAAAGCAUCUCAUCAACCAAAUGUGCCUGCCAAGACUUCCGUCGUGCCCAGCAGACGUUCGCUUAUCAUGAAGGAAAACUGGCGCAAACGAAAAGAGGCCUGGCUCUCUGCUGCUGCACAGACUUUGGCAGCUGCUUCUCGGCCUGUAUGUGCAUCUGGUAGUAAUCCUCCAUCUCCAAGCACAGAGCAGUGCGAGGACUCUGGGCCAACAGAGGACAGCAGCCAGUACCUGGCACGAUCAAUGGCACUGCUGCGUUGCCGUCAGUAUCGGCAUGACAUAAUAGCUCAGAUGGACCUACAGCAGAGGGCUCGGCCACAGCGCCACUACACUGCUCGAGGUAUCCACAUCGCGUCUAACAAGGAUGCUUGUGACUGCCUGCAGCCCAGUUGCCCUGGCUGUCAUUUUCCCUGCUCAAAGUGUGGCUCUCAAAAGUGUGGAGACGAAUGCCGCUGUAACCGCAACUACGUCUAUGAGCAGAUCGAAGUGGAAGGGUACACAAAUGUAGUCUUUGUGAACUCUCUGCUUGCCUGAAAAGUCGGGCCCAUCAACUUUUUUUUUUUCUAGGCAUUCCUUGGUUUAUGUGAAAGCUGUGCCCUUAUAUUUGUAGGAGUGCAGGCAAGCAUCUUACCUUUCAUUGCCUACUGGCCCUGCCAAAAGCCCCGAGGGAAGUUUUGGUUUUCGUCGCCCGAUUUUGUGUGCGUGUUUCAAGUGGUGGGCUGGCUCGGGCCAAUGGCAGCAUGGUUGUAUGUAGAGUUCCGUGUUGAGUUCAUGUAAAAAAUUUUACAUUAAACUUUUUCAUUUUUUUGAACAUAA